UGUAAAUGCUUGUAAUUUUACGCGCCUCGUUUCGUCAGUGAACUAACCACCGUUGCCUCGGUGUAGUUGCAUUAACGCAAUCCAAGCAAGUUUCAGUGCCAUGUGGUGGAGGAGCUUACGCCGGGCUGCGCUGCUGCACGUCUCCUCCUCCCAUCCUCAAUCCCAUCAAGCCUUCCGCCUUCAGAACCCUAACCCCACCACCAGCAUCACAAUUCACUCCCGCAUGCGCAUCAUUCCUCCCAUCAAAAACCCUAUAUUUCCCUUUAUCUCCAAAUCCUUCUCUUCAAACCCCACACUAGAUGACGCAUGCAAUGAAGACGACGCCGAAACGCUAAAGGAUGACCAUCUUCUCCAGGACGUAGACUCAGUGAUCAAUUCUCUUGGUGAAUUUGGGUCCAAUAGCGCAGAAGCCAAGCGCCAGAUGGAGCAAUGCGGCGUUUCGGUCUCGCCGGAGCUCGUGACUGCGGUCCUCUCCAGACUCCGAAAUGAUUGGUCUGCCGCUUUCACCUUUUUCCUCUGGGCGGGGAAGCAGCGGGGCUAUGCCCACUCCGUCAGAGAGUACCAUUCUAUGAUCUCUAUCCUUGGAAAGAUGCGGAGGUUCGACACGGCUUGGUCUCUUGUCAGUGAGAUGAGGGCCGCGAUGCCUGGGAGGCCAUCUCUUGUCUCCUCCCAGACUCUCAUGAUCCUAAUAAGAAAGUAUUCUUCCAUUCAUGAUGUUGGAAGAGCCAUAAGUGUGUUCUAUUCCUUCAAGAAGUUUGGACUUGAGGUCGGGAUUGAUGAUUUUCAUGGCCUCCUCAGUGCGCUCUGUCGGUAUAAGAAUGUGGAGGAUGCUGAGCACCUGCUCAUGUGCAACGAAGGUACUUUCCCUUUUGAGACUAAAAGCUUUAACAUUGUGCUCAAUGGAUGGUGCAACGUUCUAGUAUACGUCCGAGAGGCAAAGAGGUUUUGGAGGGAAUUUGAGAAAAGAAGGGUUGAGAAGGACGUGGUUUCUUAUGGGUGCAUGAUAUCCUGCUACUCGAAAGCUGGUAAUCUCAAUGAUGUCACCAAGCUUUUCAGUCAGAUGAAGGAGCUUGGUGUUGCUCCUGAUUUGAAGGUUUAUAAUGCUGUUGUGUAUGCCCUUGCUAAAGCACGGAGUAUUGAUAAGGCCAAAGAUCUUGUUAAGUUGAUCGGGGAAAAAGGAAUUGAUCCAAAUGCUGUGACGUUUAACUCUUUAAUCAGACCCUUAUGUAAAUUUCGCCGAAUCCAAGAGGCACGGAUGGUGUUUGAUGAAAUGUUACAAAGAGGUGUAACUCCUUCAAUACGGACCUUUCAUGCUUUCUUUGAUGUGCUUAAGACUGAAGAAGAGGUGUUUGAGCUACUUCAUCAAAUGAGGCAAACAAGUUGUAAACCAGCGAUGGAUACAUACAUUAUGCUCAUAAGGAAAUUGUGUAAGUGGAAACAGCAUGAUAGUGUUUUUAGGCUAUGGGGUGAGAUCGGUGAAUCUGGUCUUUGUCCUGAUCGUAGUGCUUAUAUAGUUUUGAUCCAUGGUCUCUUUCUAAAUGGGAAGUUAGAAGAAGCUUCCAAAUAUUAUGAAGAGAUGAAGGAAAAGGGCUUUGAGCCUGAACCCAAGACUGAGGAGAUGAUCGAAGCGUGGCUUGCUGGUAAAGUAGCUGCAGGGAAAAUAGAAAUUCUUGCUUCAGAAAGUGGUAGAUAUAACAAUGAAUCUAUUGGGAUGAAUGGAAGAAAUGUAAAGAACAUGCCACACUUUUCUCAAAAUUUUUUGAAAAAGCCAGAAACAAGGAGCAUCACUAGGGAGCGUGGAUAUUCACUUUGCAGAUAAAAUGAUGGCAUGACUUGUUCAAAGUUAAACAAAAAGAGAGUUAUGCUUGAUAUUUUCUUUGACUAUUUAGAAGAACCAAAAGGACGUGGAACAUAACCGUGCGUUUUGUCUGGUUUCAUCUUCUCGCAUUUCUAAUGUAAUCCCAAUCUGUAUACACAGAUGAGACUUCAGUAUCAAAUUGGUGGUAAAAGUUGGCCCGGUUAAGCCUCAGCUAAGGAUAAAGAAGAGAUUAGAAGAAAUAAAUCCUGGUUUAUUGGCAAUUAGAAAUGCCCCAUUUGUCGCCAUUGAUGCUGUUUACAGGGCUUCCAGUUCAUCCCGAUUCAAGUCAUUGAGACACUGCUGAUCUGCUCCCAGGGAUCAAAUUUGGUACAAGCCAUGGCUGCGGCUUCUGCUUCUUUGGAAAUUCGGCGGGUGGUGUAACCAGAAUUUAAAACUGCAAUACCUUGGCUACAUUUUUGCUGAGGUUGGUAGUUUGGGCUUCCAAGUUUAAAUUUUUAAUAAAAAUUAAAUUUUGUGAUAUUUUGAUAUGUUUACAUAUUUUUAUUAUAUGCAUAUAUUUUUGUUGAAAAGAAUAAUAACAGAUUGUGUUAGACAAGGAGAAGAUAUUGAGAGAUGAGAAUGGUGGACAAGUGGACAAAAAUGAAUUAAACAGUUGAAAGCAUUUAGAAUGUAUUGUUUUAGUAUUUUGUUGGUUGUUUGGAUUGAUUUAAACCAAUUGGAAACAAACUUGGUUGAUUUAAACUAUUUUAGAAUUCCUAGUGUUUACAUCUGCAUUUGAAAAUCACUUA